CGGGACCGGGGUGGGGGGAGACUCGUCGGGGCCAGGCGCACAAAGGCAGCUCCCCACGGGCCGUGCGACCACGGGCACGCUUUUGUGACUCAAAGAAAGGGAGGAUGACGUGGGGCUGGUGCUCCCCGGCCCCCGGGGCUGAUUGGUCCCGGCUCAGGUUUGAACGCCGAAGGUGUCCUGGCAACGAGAAGCGCAGCAGCCAGACUCUGCCGUCCUUGCUCCCGGGAGCCCGCUGGGUGCUGGGCACAGGCAGGGCACACGGAGCCGGGAGCUGCCGGGCACAGGCAGGGCACACGGAGCCGGGAGCUGCCGGGCACAGGCAGGGCACACGGAGCCAGGAGCUGCCGGGCACAGGCAGGGCACACGGAGCCAGAAGCUGCCGCCAGCCUCCUCCAGCCUGCCCUGCGAUGCCCCAGCGCGCCUGAGCCCCGCCAGACGCAGGGAUGGAGCUGAAGGUCUGGGUGGAUGGCAUCCAGAGGGUCGUCUGCGGCGUCUCGGAGCAAACCACCUGCCAAGAAGUGGUCAUCGCCUUGGCACGCGCCAUGGGUCAGACCGGCCGCUACGUGCUGGUGCAGAAGCUGCGGGAGAAGGAGCGGCAGCUGCUGCCGCUGGAGUGCCCCCUGGAGUCGCUGGCCAAGUGCGGGCAGUAUGCCAACGACGUCCACUUCGUCCUGCGGCGCACCGGCCCCAGCGUGGUGGAGCGACCCUCCUCGGAGGGUACCCCCCAGGCCCCUGAGAGGACGUUCAUCCGGGCCAGCCUGCCCAUCAAGCCCAGGCUUGCCGGCGUGGAUAUGCCCCGUUCCCGGGAGCCCAGAAAAUCCAUGACCUUCAACUUGGGCCCUACGGGCUCUGCCGAGCUGCUGGCCGUGAACCGCUGGAGGCACCAAACCCGGGAAGGGUUGGACUUGGAGGGCGGUGGCGUCCUGCAGCCCUCCAAGGAAGAGCUGUUCAGGAGGGUGCUGAGGCAGCAGGAGCAGCUGCACUCCUUGGAGGCCCACGGGGACACCCUGGAGAUGGACCUGCGGCUGUGGGAGCGCGACCGAGUGGCCAGCCAGGAGGACGAGAUCCUCUACCUGGAGCACCUGGUGAGGAGGAACGAGUCGGAGCUGGGCGAGGAGGAGUUCUGGCAGAGCGAGCUGCAGCUGGAGCAGGAGUGCGAGCGGGAGCGGCAGGAGCGGGUCCGCAGCCUGCGGGCCAGCCUGGAGGAGUACACCCAGAGGAUCCGCGAGCUGAGCGCCCGCACCCAAGCCCUGCAGGAGGAGAUCCAGUGGGAGAUGGCCGAGAGGGCCAAGAGGGGGAAGGAGACCCCUGCGCCCAGCCCCACGGAGCUGGAGGAUAUAGCUGCCAAGAUGAAAAGGGACCUGGAGGCCAAGGUUAAGCAGGGCACCCAGCUGGAGAGCAACUUGGCCAGCGUGGAGAAGGCCCUGGAGGAAGCAGAAAGGAACCUGCAGGCCCAGAGCCAGGAGCUGGAGGAGUUAAAUAAGGAGCUGAGGCAGUGUAAUUUGCAGCAGUUCAUUCAGCAGACCGGGGCCACGGUGACCGUCCUGCAGGCUAGGUCUGAGGAGGAUGCCCAGCCAGAGCCUGGCCCACGCGAGCUGCCAGCCUGCAGGAGAAAUGGAGGUUUUCCUCCCAGCUCCGGCACCGACUCACCACCCCGGGCCAGCACCAAGCAGCUCCUCGGCCAUCCCAGGACCCUGCCAGAGCCCCUGGUGCCCAACCUGAACCCUGAGGUUGUACCAAGCAGGCAGAGCAUCUGGAGGUAGAAGGGCUCAGCGCAGCGGAGGAGCGGCGGUCGCCUUGCAAGUCUUAACUGUACAAACAAACCACAUACAAGAUAGAGAUAUAUAUAGAGAGAGAUAAGAUAUAUAUAUAUAUAUAUAAUUAUUUUUUACUGCUUUAUAUCCAUGGAUGGAUGUGGACAGAGUCUUUUUUUUACUGGAGAAAUCAAACCAGCCCCCAAAAUGAGCAACCUUCGACCCUCUCCUGCUGCAACCUCCUCCUUCUAUUUUUCUAAGCGCUUUCGCUACUCACAGCAGCUCUUUGGUGGCUCUCACCUGGUGGAAACCUCCUCAGAAGACCACUUGGAAGAUGCCCUCCCUCUGAAGCCAGGAUGGAGUAAGCUGAGAGGUCUUAGAGCACCUUGCUGGAGGAUGUGGGGACUCUCAGACCCUCCAGCACUGCCAGCACAGGAGCAGCUUGGGACAACUUUCUGCCCACCUCUUGGUUUUUUUAAUCCCCCUUAAGAAACUUGGAGUAGAACCUCCACUUCUCCACUCUGCCAUGGACCAGGGAGCAGGGAGCAGGAGCUUGGUGGUUUUCUUCUAUCCCCUGAAGUUUUCAGCUUGUUUUGAAGAGGAAGAAGCAGCAGCAGCAGCCCUUGCCCGGAGGUGACACCAGACGGUGAACACUUGGCUGCUGCUUCACUCUGUGGCCAGUAGUUGCUCUUGGUUGUUCUUCUCGCUGGUCUUAGUGGGUUGCCUGGGUUUUUUUAACUACAAAAGCAGAGUGGUUUGGGGAAGGAGAUGACUGUGCCCAAGCAGAGGGGGUGCCACGGAACACUGCCAUUGCCCAUCCGGAUGGAACCCUCUGUGCCGCGCCUCUGCUUCCCAAUAAAUCUCUGGGAAAGGAUUUGA